AUGCCGACCAGCGUGGGCCAAGACAAGGACGACAAGUCGCCGGAGGAACCUCCUGCCAGCUCGCAAGGACUCUCUGCGUCGGCACUUGCUGGGGAUGACGAUGCUAAUAAUGCCCACUUGAAGAGAGCUUGGCCGGAGUUUACGUCGGAGCCUGGCGAAGAGUCCAGGUCCAAGGUUCAACGCCCUCCUCCUGAAAGAGUUCAAAUCGAAGUCGACCCCAGAAACAGCAGAGAUUCCAGAAGCGCCGCCGAGACUUCAACCAACACUACGCAGCGACAUGACCCUGAAUAUUUCAGGGAAUCCUGGACGAACGUCCAGAACGCCAUGAACGAAUGCGCACCUGAUCUACACCACUUGCGACACAAUGAAGAGCCCAUGUAUUUGAGGCGGGAGGACUUCGAGCUUCCUGCGAAUCUGUGCAAAUACACAUCAGACUUGGUGUCGACGGCCAAGGGGGCGGCGCCGGAUCCGCAACCUAACGACAGUGAUACAGUCGAGGGUCUAAAACGCCUCGCUCUGGCUCAAAGGACUCUCAUUGAGCAUAUUUCCAAGCCUCUGGAAAUGCUGCGCUUUUACGUCGACGCAUGGCAUCUCAGGGCUGCUGAUGAUGAGAAAAGACCAGGGGCUGACGUGGGACUCGAUCCUACGGUUCCAACACCACGACAGGCUGAGAUGGAGGCCUUUUUGGACCUUACACGCCAGCACAACAAACUGAACGAAGAAUAUGCUCAACUAUGCGUACAUGCCCGGCGGCAGCGACCAGAGCCAACGUCUUCGAAAACUAGGCCUUCAUGGGACUGGCCGCAAGCAAAGAGAGUGUGUCCUGCCUGUCGCCAGAAGUUUGAGAUACAGGCCAAAGAAAAAGAAGAGGGGGAAGGAAAGAUAUGCGUGAAUGCUUCCGAUGAGGAGGAUCAGUCCAUCGCCUCGUCUCCUAUGCUGUCUGUCCCAUCAUCGAGAAAUGGAAAGCCGGUCGCGGUGGGAGGUGCCAUGACAGAGUACAUGGCCGGGCUGGAGGAGUGGACGGAUGAAGCGGCUACAUUCAGUGAAGAGCAGGCCAGACUUUUACAACAACCGCUCUACAUAUCCCCUACAGAUUCUCCGAGGAACUCUGUCGCACAACUCCAAGAGGAACCAGAAAUACUGGAAUCCACGCCGCUUUAUCCUCUGGCCCCAAGCCCACCUCCGGCCUCAAAUGCUUACACGAGAAGACGUCGCACCGACGCAGAAGGGGAAUCUCAGUCGCACUAUGUUCCUGAUGACACGUCUUCGGUUGCAAGCUUCCCGGAAAGUUACGGCCUACACCAAGAAGACUCGCCACAGUCUAGGCGUGAACAGUACUGGGAAGAUUGCUUACGCCAGGAGUGUAAGAAGAAGGAAUACUGGAGGGGGAUGUAUGACGAGUUGGCAGAGAGACAUGAAAACGCAGCCAAGAGCAAUGAAAAGUGGGCGAAACUGUAUAACUGCCUGGCUAGGCGGUGGGAAAACCUGACGGAGAUGCAUGAGGAGACCACCACGAGGUUUGAGAGGGAAAUGCACAUUCACAACACAGUGAUGGAGGUAUAUGUUACAAACGCGGUCGAGGUGGAUUGGACACGAAGCUCAAGCCAGUCAAGGAGCAAUGACAGGAGGAGCAUGUCACCACCGCUGAGCCCCAGAGGAACACCAUCUCCAAUGACUGUUCCGACGUCAUUGGACUCAACUGAGGCUAGCCAAUGGGCAAGUAUUGAGCCUAGAGCUUGUGGUACUGCUUCUCAGCGAGCCCAGGGCACGGCUGGGGUCGAGAAAGGCCCUGUUGCUACUGCUCGACCUCGAAAUGAACCUCAGAACAAGUUGUUUCAGGCAGAGGCCGCGAUGGUUCGCGAGAGACGAAGUGCGCCCGGAGUUGCACAGGCAUUGUCCUUUUCAGACUUUGUCGAAAACCAAUGCCGGUCGUGGGUUGCCAUCUGCGACUUCCUAUGGUCUUUCAUCCUCCCAGUGCGGCAACCAGCCAUCCUGGUAUCAAGCGCAGAUGGUUCUUCUUCGCCAAUACAAGUCUCUCGACAAACGGGCCGCAACGCUGAGAUGAGCAUGCCGUGGAGUGCUUUUUUCAACGUACUCACCCACAUCGUCUUACUAUUCGGUAUCCAAACCUGGAUCGCGUGUGCCAAGGAACGAAACACGUGGUUGCACGCAAACAACAUCAAGCCAACGACUUUACUCUCCAUGUAUGCUCGUGGAGAGAGGUCCUUUUGGCCAGGCCUGCAUGACGGACUGUUGACGGGCGCAGAGGUGAGUAUGCUGGCGAAGUGGAUUCUCUUGAAUUCGCGACGUGUUUUGGAGCUUUUGGCCCGGGUGGUGCAGGGACUUGAUUUGGCUAAUCAAGAAAGCAUGAGGGUUUUGGUGCUCGGGGCUGUGGUGUUGAUGUUUGCGAGAAUUGGAUAA